AUGAGUUUCCUUAAGAAACAGCAGCCUGUUGUUUCUGGGGUGUCGUCCUCUUCUCAGACGACGGGUCCAACCACCUCAACCACAACACCCACAACAAUCAGCCCAAAUGAAGAAUCAUCAAUGGCACAAAAGAUGAAAGAUUUGGAGCAAAGGCUUGCCAAAAAGCAAAAGGAUCUAUCCGUUGUUAUUGAGGAGGUUAUGUUUGCCGAGAAAGAGAUUGCAUCCUUGAAAGAAUUGUCGGAAAAGAAAGACAAGGAGAUUGAAAAACUGAAACAGGUGCUUCUCAAAAUCGGGAAAAAUCAACAGGAGCUCUCAUCAGGGGAUGACAAAUCAGAGUCUCAAAAAGAAAUCAAAAUAUUGAGCGAAAGAAAUAAAAAUUUAGAGGAGCAAAUCCGCCUUUUGGAAGAGGAAAAUGAAAACCUUCGGAAUCAAGUUCUUACAAUUACAAAUGCACUAGAUAUUUCGGAGGAAGAGUUGAACAAGCAAAGGAAUUUUGUUCGGGAUCAAGAGAGCACAGUGAAAGUAAAAGAUUCAACAAUAGAUUCUCUACAACAAGCAGUUAAAGACCUCGAAAAAGAAAAUAAGAGAUUAGAAGAAAAGAAAGAGAAGUAUCGAAAGGAAUGCGAAAACGCAAAUAUCCAAAACCAAGAAUUAUUGGAACAAGUAGCAGAUUGGAGGCAUAAAUAUGAAGAUGCCGCAUCACGAGUCGAUACGCUAGAAAAAGAAAAAGCAAAUAACAAUUCAAUAUCAUCCACAAAAGAAAUGUUGAACUUGGAAAACAAGGAAUUACGUGAAAUGUAUUCGAAAUCAUUGCUAGAACUGGAAGAAAUGAACCAAGCAUUCAACGAGGUGAAGAGGCAAUUGUUGGAAAAGCAAGAAAAGAUGAAGGAGUUGGACAUUGAAAAAUCUCAGCUGGAAGAGGAAAAUCAUAAUCUUAGUACUGAAAUAUCAGCUCUUUACGCCCAAGAUUAUGAAAGGAGACAAAAAGAAAACGCAAAUAGUUUACUGGAAAAUCAAUCCAACCUCAAUGAAUUGCUGUCAAACUCUGAAAAAACAGUAAUAACUAUGGACAAGACAGUUUCUAUCAUUCAGAAACAUUUAAACGACUCCAAAACUGGAAACGAUGAUGAAUAUGCUAUGCUCGUAUCAUCCCAACAAGAGCAGAUAGAGAGUCUGCUAUUAGAAAUUACCAAUUUGAAAAAACAGCUCAAGGAAACACUAAAAAAUGGAGCUGAUAUUUCCAAGGCCGAAAUGGAAGGUAGCACCGUAAUGAAACAAUUGAAAGAGGACAUUGAAAAGAAGGAUCAACAAAUUAGAACCAUGGAGGACAAUAUUAACAGGUUGAACCAAGAAAUUAGUGUUCUUAAAAAUGUAAAUUAUGAAAAGUCUGAGAUGGAAAAGAUGAAGCAAGCAUAUACAGAUCUAGAGAAAGAAAGAAACGAGCUUCAAUCUCAAUCAGAAAUGUACCAGUAUGAACUCUCCUCUCUUACCGCUGAUUACAAUCAAUUACUUGAGAGAAGUGAAGAAUUAGCUGAAUUGCUUGAAAAAGACUUAUCAGAAAAGAAAGUAGCCGAAGCACAGACAGAAACAGAUGUUUCACCUGAAAGCAACGAUAACUCUAAAGAAAUUGAGAGAUUAGAAAAGGAAAACGAUGAGUUGAGAGAAAUGGCAAACCAUUUCCAGAAUCAAGCAGAUGAAUUGAUUGAAAAACUUAGAAAAAAGUACGAAGAAGAAGAAAAAGAGCGAAUUGAAAAAGCGAAUCAUGCCAAAAUAGAAAAUGAGCUAAAGGAAAAGAUAUCUAAUUAUGAGCAGGAAAUGGUUAUUCUGAAGGAAGAGAAUGAGUUGUUACGAAACCGUGUCUUUGAGUCAAUCGAUAACGAUAACACUAGGCUGAAGAUUGAAAAACAGCAAAAGCUGAUAGAGGCAUUAGAAAAGAGCUUGGAAUCCGCAAAAAAGUCUUUAAAAGAAGGUGCAGAAAUCUUUAAAAAAGAAUUGCAAGAGGCAAUUUCCAAAGAAAGAAAGGAUCAUGUUGCAGUUAUAGAAGAAAUGAAAAAAGAAAUAGAAACGCUUUUGGCUGAAAGAGAGGAGUUGAGACAAGGACAAUCUCAAAGCCCAGAAAAUGAAAUUAAGCAAGCUACCGCAAGAAUCGCUUUCCAUAAUGAAGUGGUCAAGGACAUGCAGCAAGAGCUUGUCAGUACAAGAACAGCCCUCACAGAAAUCAAUCAGGGUGUAGACAAAGUUGUGGAACUCUUGAAACAAUCAGACCUUGAUUCAAGUCAAGAUGUUUUAAAACAUUUACACGAUGUUGCACUCUCAAUGGACGCAAAAGCAAAACUGCUGGACACCCGAAUCCAACUCAACAUCUCAGUAGAAUUCAAUAGAAAGCUACAGACCAAGCUUGAAGAAAAAGAAAGUCUCCUCCAACAAGCAGUUGAGUAUGUAAAUAACUUACAGAAAGAGUACAACCAAUGCAAAGAGGCACUCAAGAAAUUAAUCGAAGAACGUUCCGUUCAACAAGCCAAACCAUCGAAUGCCUCAACGACGUCCAUCUCGACUAGUAAAGCAUCCACAGCACAGAGCAGAGCCAAAUCUACAGACAAGGCUCAUCCUGUAAACAGAUCAAAUAGAGGUUAUGCAAAUUCAUUCUACAAAUAA